ACAGACAGCUGCACCCACCAAGAGACACUCCACAUAAUUCUGCUAUGCACUUGCACAUGGAAAAUUUGAUGAAAGCAAUGUGAGGAAGUUCUGAUAAGGAGGCUACGAGGCAGCGGCCACCUCUUCCACAUUUAAGCCUCAACCAGACGAGUAGCAAAGACUAAGACCAAAGAGCUGCUCAGAAAACCACAGAACGAACGUAUAAAAUCGAAAGGUGAGGACAGAGAAGCGAAUUACUUCUGACUUCCAACCACUGAGCCCAGGAUCACAGUCAGGAUGGUUACCCUGGACCUGAAGGCAGUGACAACGCCGGUGGGCAUUUUGCGGCUACUGGCGGUGGUCCUGACCUGCAUCACCUUCAGCUUGGUGGCAUCAGUGGGCUACACCACUGAAACCUUCUGGACGUACUGCAUGUUCACCUGGUGCUUCUGCUUCUGCGUCACCAUACUCAUAAUCGUGCUGGAACUCACCAGUCUCAGUGCAAAGCUGCCCAUCUCCUGGAAUGACUUCACCACCGCUUUUGCCAUGUUGGCCGGCCUCAUGGUGCUGGUAGCAUCCAUCGUCUAUCCCAGAUUCUACGCUUGCCAGACAUGCGGCAGACAAAUCGGUGCCUCAGUCACUUCCUGGCUUUGCUACAUCGUUUACCUCACAGAGGUUAUCUUGACUCGAGCCAAGCCUGGAGAGAUCAGUGGGUUUCUUUCCACCGUCCCAGGUCUCCUCAAGGUUCUGGAAGCCUUUGUGGCCUGCGUCAUCUUCAUCUGUUUGGACUACACCGGCUACUACGUGUUCGCAGGGCUCAAGUGGUGUGUGGCCGUCUACUCCAUUUGCUUCAUUUUUGCCAUCCUUGUCAUCAUUUUGACCAUCUGCCGCCUGCUGACUCGCUUUCCUGCACCAUUUGACAAAGUGCUGAUUGUCUGUAACGUGCUGGCGGUGCUGAUGUACAUCACUGCUGCAGUCAUUUGGCCGCUGUACAGCUUCAGGAACAAUCCCAGACCGAGCCUCUGCGAUCUACCGAAUGUCUUCUGUGGUUGGGAUUUGUUAGUUGUCAUCACUGUCAUGACCUACCUGAACCUCAUUGCUUACAUCGUGGACACGGUUUACUCUUUCAGGCUGGUCUUCUUCGUCAGCCGUACAGCUGAAUAAAAAGUCAGCUUGAACGAGAGAAUUUAUAGCACAUUCAGUUUCAAAGUUGUUUUCAUGAUAAUCCCAACAUGCACUUGUUGAAUAAUGUCCUUAUUUUUGAAAGGAAAGCAGUUUUUUACCAAUGAAGAUAACAUUAAAUGAAUGAUAAAUCCAGUGUAGACAUUGUUAAUGUGGUAAAUGACUAUUGUAGCUGGAAACAGCUGAUUUUUAAUGGAAUAUCUCCAUAGAGGUACAGAGGAACAUUUCCAGCAACCAUCACUCCUGUGUUCUAAUGCUACAUUGUGUUAGCUAAUGGUGUUGAAAGGCUCAUUGAUGAUUAGAAAAACCUUGUGCAGUUAUGUUAGCACAUGGAUAAAAGUGGGAGUUUUAUGGAAAAUGUGGAAUUGUCUGGAUGAAUCCAGAUUUUUGAACAAUAGUGUAAAAUAGUGAUAGAUUUUAAUUUAAAUUCAGAGAAGCAGCUCCACUCUCCUCCCUUUGUUCUUUUUCUUCCUCUAUGAUUUCAAUCACAUUCAUAAUUAAUUUGGUGCAGAUGCUUGUUGUUCUCAUGUGAAAUAUGAAUAAAAUGCAAUGAAAGUGA